GAGAGAGAAAGAGCACCAGCCAGAACGAGCCAGCGAGCGAAGGAUAAACGGCACGGAUGGUCGACAACACUUCGCCGUAUGCAGCUUGCAAUCGUUCAGGACAAAAAAAAAAAAACACACCAUGGAAUUUCUGAAUUUGUUUCAUACCAGGAGGCUCUCUGUGUCUUUUAUUCUUUUUGCAUUCGCUCUGGCUUUUUUCCCCUUGGAUUUGUCCUUCGUCUGGCUUUUCCAAAAGUCUGCAGAAAACGACAGUUGAAUGCAGUCACUGAUGUUCACAAAAGAAUGGGUUUUUAUUCCAAGGUGGCCAUUGGUGGGACAAGCACCAGCAGCGCUUUGUGUGAUCAGCAUGCUCCUGUGCCUCCCUCCUGCGUCAUGCACAGCUUGCCCUCAGAAAUGCCGCUGCGAGGACCUGCAGUUUUACUGCGACACGCAGGGACUCUUGGCGCCCCCAGACGGCGUCGACAAAGGAGCCCUGGGGCUCUCGCUCCGGCACAACAGCAUCGACGAGCUGAGACCGGACCAGUUUUUCGGCUUCACCCAGCUAACGUGGCUUCACUUGGACCACAACCAAAUACUCACCGUGCAUGAGGAUGCCUUCCAGGGGCUCUACAAGCUCAAGGACUUGAACUUGAGCUCGAACCGCAUCGCCAAGCUGCCCAACACAACCUUUAUCCACCUCAUUAACCUGCAAAUCCUGGAUCUAUCCUUCAACCAGAUGACCGCGCUGGAACCCGAGCUCUUCCAUGGGCUUCGCAAGCUCCAGAUCCUUCACCUGAGGUCCAAUUUACUGAGGACUAUGCCUGUCAGGGCUUUCUGGGACUGCUGGAGUCUUGAGUACCUCGGUUUGAGCAACAACCGGCUUCGGAGCCUGGCUCGGAACGGGUUCGCCGGGUUGAUAAAGCUACAAGAACUCCAUUUAGAACACAAUCACUUAACCAAGAUCAACCUGGCCCACUUCCCACGUCUCGUCACCCUUCAGUUCCUCUAUUUGCAGUGGAACAAGAUUAACAAUUUGACAUCUACCAUGGAGUGGGAGUGGACCACUCUGGAAAAACUGGAUUUAACAGGGAAUGAGAUUCGUAUGCUAACCCCUGAGGUGUUUGAAACUUUACCAAACCUUAAAGUUCUUCUACUAGAUAACAACAAGUUGACCAGCCUUGAUACCAAAACCACGGACAUGUGGAAGUCUCUGAACACCAUCGGGUUAUCGAGCAACCUUUGGGAAUGUACCAACAGAAUCUGCAGCCUGGCCAGUUGGCUUAGUAAGUUUAAAGGCCGAUGGGAGCAAUCCAUUCUCUGUCACAGCCCUGAGUACACACAGGGCGAGGAAAUACUUGAUGCAGUUCAUGGAUUCCAACUCUGUCAGAACAUCUUGGCACCACAACCACCAACCAGCACCACGAUGGAGGCCACAUUACCCCAACAGUUCACUAGACCAUUGUUUGGAAAUAUGCAGACCCCGACGCAGGACUUCUAUGCAGAGAAUUUGGGGAGCUUUAGCAUUUUCACCACUUCGGCCAUAACCUCGAAAAAUCCAUACACUACCAUGGAUAGUACCUCAGACGAGGUAAAAGGUGUUACAGACGACUCAGCAAAAAUGGACAACAUGGUACAAACCCAGACGAUAAUCGUGGGGACCAUGGCACUUUUGUUUUUCUUCUUCCUCAUUAUUUUCAUUGUGUACAUCUCGUGGAAGUGCUGCCCGCACUCGGUACGUCAAAGCCACCACUGCUUGACCAUUCAGAACAGGCAACCGAACCGGACGCAGGAAAGGCAACCGAUGGCAGAUCCGGCCACUCAGCUGCCCUAUAACGAGUACGAGCUGACUCACAACGACGGUGCACUCGUUAUCAUAAAUGGCUACGGCCAGUGCAAGUGUCAGCAAUCAUCUUUCAAAGAGUGCGAAGUAUAAACACUAUUUAUUUUCGAUGAUUAUUGACCUUCUCGGCCAUUUCGAAUCAUACGCGGGUUUGUUUAUGAAUAUUUCGGUUUGUAAAGGAAAAAAAAUUAUAAAAGACGUUUCUUUUGCCCUGACUUCAAAAUUCAAUAAAAAUGUCAAGGUCGUAUCUAUGGUAUUUUUAGAGGAAUCAUCUGAAAAACACCAUAAUAAAAACAGGACAGCGGUCUUUCAUCACAGAUGAUUGUUCUUAUUGUGAUACAUGACAAUUCAGUAUUAAUAACAAAUAAAUUUUGUUAAUCGAUAAUAAAAUCGAUUUAAAUAAAGAAAUAAA